AUGUUCCAGGUGGAGCAGGACGUACAAGGGGACGGAAUCAUUGAGAACGAGGAGUUUAUCCCGAUGGCUCGGCAGAUCACCCAGCGCAUGUACGCUAAGAAGCGACUGGAGCAGCAAAGCGUAUUGCGAGCUCCGAAGAGGACGGGCCGUGGCGCUACCGCUCUCUGCCGGGAAUCAUGGUGUCAUCGUAUAGCGAAGCGAGCUGGGCGCUCGACCAGCCCCAUGAAUGGUGUGGCUUUGACAGACGACCUCGGGCAGCUGGCCACGCGUUCCCAGUCCUUGGUGCGAGUGCAGGGCCCGGAUCGGCCCAAAAUCCCGGAGCAAAGUGCGUCGCUAUACCGCUCUGUGCCGGGAAUCAUCGUUGCAUCGCGACUGUCUGUGCCGACUGCUGGCCACGCAGAGAGGUGCCGGCUGCCCUUGCGCACAGGAAGUCGCACAUUCAGUAUGUAG